CUUUUCAAAAAUUAAAUCCUCCAAAAACUUCACUCACGAUCUCCACGAUCUCCAACUACCUCAGACAAUUCCGACAACCACCACAAGUCGACAAACACAUCCGCCAAAAUGGGUCGUCUUCACUCCAGGGGAAAGGGUAUCUCCGCUUCUGCGAUCCCCUACUCGCGCAACCCGCCCGCGUGGCUCAAGACUACUCCCGCCCAGGUCGAGGAGCAGAUCUGCCGUCUCGCCCGUAAGGGUGCUUCCCCCUCUCAGAUCGGUGUCGUUCUCCGUGACUCCCACGGAAUCACCCAGGUCCGCUUUGUUACCGGUAACAAGAUCCUCCGCAUCCUCAAGUCCAAUGGCCUCGCCCCCGAGAUUCCUGAGGAUCUGUACAUGUUGAUCAAGAAGGCCGUCUCCGUCCGAAAGCACCUAGAGCGCAACCGCAAGGACAAGGACGCCAAGUUCCGCCUGAUUCUGAUCGAGUCCCGAAUCCACCGUCUCGCCCGUUACUACAAGACCGUCGGUGUCCUACCCCCGACCUGGAAGUACGAGAGCGCCACGGCCAGCACCAUCGUCGCAUAAGCGUAAGCAACGAGCGCGCGCGCGGAGGAUGAUUUGCAUGUGGAAUGCCUGGUCUGGUCAUGGAGUUCGCGUGGAAAACGGAAUUGCUUUUCGGGCAGCCACAAAAGUGAUGAGUGCCUGAUUAUUCUACUAGUUGCCUGAGAAAGGUGAUGAAUAAACAAUUACACAAGAGAUCAAUACGAGUCUCGUGAAGAACAAGAGUAUUAGUUAUUUGCUUGAUCCCUAGUGCUUUCGGUGAAUCUAGAUCCUGCAAUGUCCUAGCGAGUCUAUAUUAGUCCUCCUAAUAGUAAUCGUUCGUUUCUAAAGUAAUGGUAUCAUCGUGAAAGACGAAAUCUAUAAUGCGGAAUCUGUAAUGACAUAAUUGAUUCUUUUCCCUCUCCCGGAACUCCAUUCUCAUGCUUGCUUGCCUACUACCUGGCUUAACCUUACCCUCACUGUGUUGUCGACUCGAGCUCCUUGGAGCGCUGGAGCAAGUACUCGCCCAGAGCGCGCAGGGGAUCCUUGGGUCUGUGAACGUAAACGUAACAUUAGCAUCCGUACCGUCACAAUCCACAAUUGCACAAUCCCCAAACCAAGUAGGUAGGCUUCUAAGCAAUCCUCCACGCAAGUAAAUAGACAGACAUAGACAGACAGACAGACACAUAGCAAAUCCUAGCCCCAAUCCUCAAUAACAAUCAAACGUAAAACUGAAG